GUUUUCUACGAACCAUCGGCAACCGGCACUGCUGAGUCUUCGGCAUCCGCGCCACAUUAACCUUAGAAGCACGCGCUUUCAGCCCAGUACGUCAGGCAAGCUGAUCGGCCUACGGAGAUUGAUUUAAUUCGUAUUGAGUUGAAGCAAGCUAUCUUCUGUUACCUGCAAUGCUGGACAUCCUAUCAGGAUGCCGUGACCUCCGCAGGACGCUUCGAAGACUCCAAACCCCGGCGUACCUUAGAUGUUUCAUUAGACGCGAUGGAAGUCGUCCCAGUACCCGAGACCGCACCUUUACUUGAGACUGAUUCAACCGAGGUUGCAGUCCUCAGUGCCAAGUCACCCGAAAGCCCAAGGGUCAGUGCUUCGUUGCCUUCCAGCCGGGCUAUUAGCCCAAAUGCCAUCCGACACAUACUCCCUCUUGCAUUCACGGCGGCAUUCGCCAUAGCCGCUACAUCGGCGACGACCGUCUACGCAUAUGCUGCCAUCCUGUGCGAUGACCCCAGUCAAUGUGCAGAUGACGACAGGAGCCGCUAUACUGCCACCGUCGCGCUGGCUAGCUUUAUAGCCAAUGCCACUGGUAUAGUCGCGGUGGGGUUUCUGCGACCGUUGGUUGAGUCGCGUCCGAAGUCCGGGCUAUGUUUCUGGUUAGUUUGUCGAGCUUUGGGAGUGGGCUUUCUCAUCCUCGGAGUGAGCCUUCGGAGCAUCAGUGUCGCAAUUUGCGGCCGGCUUUUCGAAGGUCUCGCAUCAGACAACAUCCUCCAUUACUCCCUCGCAGCCGUAUACGUUCACGAACCCGAUCCAGCGCGAUUUUCGCGGCUCAUGGGCACGUCGCUAGCAUUAUACAUGAUUGGGAUGUCAAUCAGUCCGAGUUUCGUUACCAUACUGCCCAGCUUCACGUCUAGUUUCAUCGUGGCUAUUGCGAUACUAGGCUUUUCGCUCCUCUACCUCCUAGCGUUCGUCCCAAACCCUCGAAUGGACAACCAGGAUCAUUUUGACAAUAUCGCAUGCCCCGGUGUUGACCACCGAGAGGGAUGGAAACAGUACUUCCGUCCCAUCACCAACUUGAUCAAGAAUCGACGAAUUAUCCUCUCAGCUAUGGCGGUCUUCUUCUACAAUUGUACACAAGCCUACCUUUUUCCAUUGAUCAUGGUGGACGCUGCGCUCCGUUUCAAUGCUACCAGCAAGGAGAACGGUUACAUCAUCUCCAUAGCAGCGACUACAUCGUCCAUCUACCUACUCUUCAUCUCUGUCAUCCUUCCUAGAAUCAAGCGAUCUGGACAGCAGCAACAUGAACCCCCACCCGCUCAUGUGAGCAACCAAGAAGCAGCACCUCCUUCCCCCAAGGCUUUAUGGUUAGAUGUGAUCAGCGCGCUCAUCUCUAUGUCAGCUCAAUUGGUCACGCUUCCUUUCUUUAGUGUCGCAAAUUCACUUUCUACAUUUUACGGUCUGGUAGUGCUGGUGUCACUGGGACUUGGUGCUCCCAGCUACAUGAAAAGUCACGCGGUUGCGAUCUCGUCGGACAGGAACUCGACUCUCGCUUGCCUGGCAGUGCUUGAGAGUCUCGGCGGUCUCAUCUCCCCUAUUUUUCUGGGUGCUAUUCAGAGCAAGAUCAAUUCGAAGGCCGUGUUCGCAGCAUCAUCUUCAUUCGUGGGUUCUGCUAUGCUGUGUAUCAUAAUGAGUUGGUUUUUAGCUAAAUAGAUAAUCGUCAAGGCCCCAUAAUCGAUCUCAUAUUCUUGGAUUACUAGGUUGCUGUAGUCCGUCCUCUUUGUGAUAUACGCAAGAUCCCACGGUCCAAUCGUGUCAAUGCCUCGUCCAGUUUCGAGGGUUCGAGCGCGAAAUUAAGCCGUGUCCAUCC